UCGGCAGAGAGGCCCGGAUUGCCAGCCCAGGCGGCUCCCCGCGUCCGCCUAUGUGCUGCGGGUGCCGGUCGGAGCCUCGCGUGACUUAAGCCGCGGAGGCCACGCUUAGCAGCCGCUGCCCGCCCUGCUUUUGCCGCGAUGCCGUCCAACAGGCCCGUGGACGCCGGCAGCCCCGCCGCAGACCGGGAGGCAGCCGACGGUCGCAAGGGCGAAGACGACCUCGAUGAGAAUCGCAACAAGGACGACAAGCCAGAUCCAGGGAUACCCACGCGGAAAGCCGGGCGGCCCGGCCGGAAGCGCAAGCAGCUUGCGGUGGAGAGCGGCGAGGCCCCCAAAGACACCGCCUCAGCACCGAAGUGCCCCCAGCCCGCCCACAGCGCCAGCCCCGCCGAGCCGGUGCCCAACGGCGACGCGGACAUGGGCAGCCCCGAGAACAGCAGCACAGCGGACGGGAAGGGCCGGCAGCGUGGCGAGAGCGAGCCCGGCGGCCUCCUGGAGGGGGCAAGGGGGCGGGCCCUGGAGAACGGGCGCUGCCCCCCCAAGGACAGCCCGGACCCCCCUGCGAGCGAAGGCAAAGAAGAGAAGGAGGAGAACCACUUCGGAUCCCUGAACUUGGAGGGGUCGCGGGGCCGCCUGCGCGGGGGCCGAGGCUGCGAGCCGAGCCUGCGUCCCCGGCCGAUGCCACGGCUGACGUUCCAGGCCGGGGACCCGUACUACAUCAGCAAGAGGAAGCGCGACGAGUGGCUGGCCCGAUGGAAGAGGGAGGCCGAUAACCCAGCGGCCGCUCGGCUGGACAAGGCUGAGAAGAAAGCCAAGGUCAUCGCGGGGAUGAAUGCCGUGGAGGAGGCGCCGCGGAGCGAGCCCCAGAAGGAGGAGGAGGCCAGCCCCCCAGCCUCGCAGCAGCCCACGGACCCGGCCUCGCCCACCGUGGCCACCACGCCGGAGCCCGUGGGGCCCGAUGCCGUGGACAAGGGCAUGUCCAAGUCGGCCGACGACGAGCCCGAAUAUGAGGAUGGCCGGGGCUUCGGGAUCGGCGAGCUGGUCUGGGGGAAGCUGCGCGGAUUCUCCUGGUGGCCAGGCCGGAUCGUUUCCUGGUGGAUGACGGGCCGCAGCCGGGCGGCCGAGGGCACCCGCUGGGUCAUGUGGUUCGGGGACGGGAAGUUCUCUGUGGUCUGCGUGGAGAAGCUGCUCCCGCUCAGCUCCUUCUCCAGCGCCUUCCACCAGGCCACGUACAACAAGCAGCCCAUGUACCGCAAGGCCAUCUACGAGGUGCUGCAGGUGGCCAGCAGCCGGUCCGGAAAGAUCUUCCUCUCCUGCCCAGAGAACGAUGAGACGGAUACGUCCAAACUGGUGGAGAUCCAGAACAAGCAGAUGAUCGAGUGGGCCCUGGGGGGGUUCCAGCCCUCCGGCCCCAAGGGCCUGGAGCCCCCGGAAGAGGAACGCAACCCCUACAAGGAAGUUUACACGGAGAUGUGGGUCGAGCCCGAAGCUGCGGCCUACGCCCCUCCCCCGCCCGCCAAAAAGCCGAGGAAGAGCACGGCCGAGAAGCCGAAGGUCAAGGAGAUCAUUGACGAGCGCACCAGAGAGCGUCUUGUGUAUGAGGUUCGGCAGAAGUGUCGGAACAUCGAAGAUAUCUGCAUCUCCUGCGGGAGCCUCAAUGUCACCCUGGAACACCCUCUCUUCAUCGGAGGAAUGUGCCAAAACUGCAAGAACUGCUUCCUGGAGUGCGCCUACCAGUACGACGACGACGGGUACCAGUCCUACUGCACCAUCUGCUGCGGGGGCCGCGAGGUCCUCAUGUGCGGCAACAACAACUGUUGCAGGUGCUUCUGCGUGGAGUGCGUGGACCUGCUGGUGGGGCCCGGGGCUGCCCAGGCGGCCAUCAAGGAGGAUCCCUGGAACUGCUACAUGUGCGGCCACAAGGGCACCUACGGCCUGCUGCGGCGGCGGGAGGACUGGCCCUCGCGCCUCCAGAUGUUCUUCGCCAACAACCACGACCAGGAGUUUGACCCACCCAAGGUCUACCCGCCGGUCCCCGCCGAGAAGAGGAAGCCCAUCCGCGUGCUCUCACUCUUCGACGGCAUCGCCACAGGUCUGCUGGUGCUGAAGGACCUGGGCAUCCAGGUGGACCGCUACAUCGCGUCGGAGGUGUGCGAGGACUCCAUCACGGUGGGCAUGGUGCGGCACCAGGGCAAGAUCAUGUAUGUGGGGGACGUCCGCAACGUCACCCAGAAACACAUACAGGAAUGGGGGCCGUUCGACCUGGUGAUCGGCGGGAGCCCGUGCAACGACCUGUCCAUCGUCAACCCGGCCAGGAAGGGCCUCUACGAGGGCACGGGGCGCCUCUUCUUCGAGUUCUACCGCCUGCUGCACGAGGCCCGGCCCAAGGAGGGGGACGACCGGCCCUUCUUCUGGCUCUUCGAGAACGUGGUGGCCAUGGGCGUCAGCGACAAGAGGGACAUCUCUCGCUUCCUAGAGUCCAACCCGGUGAUGAUCGAUGCCAAAGAGGUCUCCGCCGCACACAGAGCCCGGUACUUCUGGGGGAACCUGCCCGGCAUGAACAGGCCGCUGGCGUCGACGGUGAACGACAAGCUGGAACUGCAGGAGUGCCUGGAGCACGGCCGGAUAGCCAAGUUCAGCAAAGUCCGGACCAUCACCACGCGCUCCAACUCCAUCAAGCAGGGCAAAGACCAGCAUUUCCCCGUCUUCAUGAAUGAGAAAGAGGACAUCCUGUGGUGCACCGAGAUGGAGAGGGUCUUCGGCUUCCCGGUCCACUACACGGACGUCUCCAACAUGAGCCGCCUGGCCCGGCAGAGACUGCUGGGGCGCUCCUGGAGCGUGCCAGUCAUCCGCCACCUCUUCGCCCCGCUGAAGGAGUACUUUGCCUGUGUUUAAGGAGACGCGCCCCCGGCGGGACUGGCAGCGCGAGGACGAGUCCCACGCCACCCCGGGAACAGGAGAGGAGCGGCACCGGCGCGGAGGAGGCGGCUGGCGGGUGGGGGGAGCAGGCCGCCGCGGGAGCGAGCCGGCCCCACCGCCCGAGCCUCCGCCCGUCUGCCCCCCGCCCGGCCGCCCCGGUCAGGCCCACCGGCCCCAGUCCGUCGGUCUCCUCUUGAUUUCCUGCUCUUUCUGGAUGGGUUUGUCCGUUAGCUCGGUUGCUUUCUGCCUCUCCUCGGCCGAGCCCCGGUGGGGGGCGCCCACGGGCACCGCCGCGACCGAGGACGCACCAGCCGAGCCCGAAGCC